AUGGUAGGUAGAGGAGCGAGAUAUCAAGGUGGUCGUAAAGUUUCAUUAACAGCUGUUAUAUAUAAACCUGCAUUAAAACAAGUUUCACCGAUUUCUUUUACUGGUACUUCUCGAUUACUGCACGUUUCGAAACCAAAAACCCUUAAAGAACGUCUGCAAGAAUUAAUUCCUGAAAAGCAAGACGAAAUAAAGCGUGUCAAAAAAGAACAUGGUGCUAAAAGCUUGGGAAAUGUUACAGUCGACAUGGCUUAUGGGGGUAUGAGGGGUAUCAAGGGCUUAAUAUGGGAAGGUUCUGUGUUAGACCCGGAUGAAGGCAUUGAAUUCCGGGGUUAUACCAUCAACGAAUGCCGAGAAAUACUUCCAAAGGCAGACGCAACUGGUGAAGUUCCUUCAAAGGAGCAAGUUCGCGCACUUUCAGCUGAAUUGGCUGCUCGUUCGGCGAUUCCUUCAUUUGUUGAAGACCUUAUUGACAGAUGUCCAAAUACUCUACACCCAAUGUCUCAAUUCUCAUUGGCUGUUACAGCUCUACAGCAUGAUUCGAAUUUUGCAAAAGCCUAUCAGACCGGUGUUAAUAAGAGUGAAUACUGGCUAUACAUGUACGAGGAUGCAAUGGACUUGAUUUCUAAGCUGCCAAAUGUUGCAGGAAGAAUUUAUAGAAAUGUUUAUAAAGAUGGAAAAGUGCCACCAAUUGAGCCAGACAAGGAUUAUUCGUAUAAUUUUGCAAAAAUUUUAGGGUAUGCCGAUAAUAAGGACUUUGUAGAAUUAUUGAGGCUUUAUCUUACAAUUCAUUCUGACCAUGAGGGUGGAAAUGUAUCUGCACAUACAACGAGAUUAGUAGGAAGCGCACUUUCCGAUCCAUUUCUUGCAUUUUCGGCGUCUCUGAAUGGUCUGGCUGGACCAUUACAUGGUCUUGCAAAUCAAGAAGUAGUUCGUUGGAUUUUUCAAAUGAAAGAUGCCAUUGGUGAAUCACCUUCUGACGAAACUGUUAAAGAAUAUGUUUGGAAUACUUUGAAAUCAGGAAAAGUAGUCCCAGGUUAUGGACAUGCUGUUCUCCGUAAAACGGAUCCAAGGUAUGCAGCACAACGUGAGUUCGCGUUAAAACAUCUUCCAAAUGAUCCUCUUUUCAAGCUCGUAUCACAACUAUACAACAUUGUACCUGGUGUGUUACUUGAACACGGUAAAACGAAAAAUCCUUGGCCGAAUGUCGAUGCUCAUUCUGGUAUAUUAUUACAAUAUUUCGGGCUAGUUGAGCAAAAUUAUUAUACUGUACUUUUCGGUGUCUCAAGAUCUUUAGGCGUUUUAAGUCAAUUAAUUUGGGAUAGAGCUUUAGGUUUUCCUAUUGAAAGACCAAAAUCUUACUCAACAGAAUUAAUCAAAAAGAUGUUUGAAGAACAUUAA